AUGGCAGCCUCCAUCAAGAAACGUGGACCAGAAGACAACAUAUUUGAAAUGCCCCCAAAUGUCUGUUUGGAACCAGAACAGCAAACCGAAUUUGAAAACAAAGUAAAGGACAUUAAAGAAAAGAACCAAAACAAGGCGGACAAAGGAGUUAUCUACCUUGGACAUAUACCACAUGGAUUUUUUGAACCACAGAUGAAAAGCUUCUUUGGACAGUUUGGUACUGUCACACGUCUCAAACUUUCCCGGAGCGUAAAGACUGGACACAGUAAAGGGUAUGCCUUUGUGGAAUUUCUGUACGAAGAUGUAGCAAAAGUUGUGGCGGAAACAAUGAAUAACUAUCUCAUGUUUGAAAGGCUUUUGAAAUGCAAGUUCAUACCAAAUGAAAAUGUGCAUGAAGACACCUUCAAAGGGUCAGGCCGAAAAGUUGUGCCUUUUCAGAACAGAAGAAAGAACAUCCAUAACUACAAUGAAACAAAACCCCAAAAAGACCAGCUGAAGAGUAUGAGGAGAUUUAUGUCCAAAAAUAAGAAAAAGGCAGAAAAACUUAAAGCUCUAGGAAUCGAGUUUAAUUAUGCUGGCAUGGAACAACUCAAGGAAGAAUCAGGCAAGCUUGCUGUAGAAGUGCAAAAAAACCGACAGAGAAAUCGAGACCGAAGACUGAUAGAACAGGAAUUUGAACAGAGGAAGAAAGAAGAAUUGAAGAUACGUAAAAAGGAAAAGAGAGCCAAAAACAGGGCUCUCAAGGUAAAGAAAAUGCAAGAACUCGAAGCAUCACAAGAACAGAAGUCAAGUCUAAACCAUACGUCUGACAAGGAGGAUGAAAUUAUGGCCUCUCCAGAUAUGUCUGAAAAAGAUGUGAUGGUGGAAUGUAAAAAGACUGCAUUGUCAAAGGCUGGAAAGUAUGCCAAAUCGACACCUCAAAGGACUGGCAAACCAAAGUCUAAAAGAGCUGUUAAAUCAGAGUCAAAAAAGGCUGAGAAAUCACUUCUCAUUGGUGACAGUGAGGAUGAUGAGAUUAGUUUUAAAACACCUCCAAAUGCUGUUAGGAUUUCAAAACGCAACUUAGCCCAGUCAGUACCAGUAAAAUCAUCACGAAAAGGACGUGAAAUUGAGGAAUCUACUCCUGUGACCACAGCAAAAAAACAGAAAAUGAUCACCAAGAAUAAAACUGUCACACGACCAGUUUCCUCGAAGAAAAAAGUUAAAUCUUCACGGAAGUCUUUGUAAACAAAGAUUAUGAUGAUUCAGGCUGACCAUUAAAAAUCAUUUUUCUUA